AUUUCCAAGAUACCUGGGAGCCGCAACACGCCUGCUCAGUUGGUUUAAUUUGUACGUAAACAGCCCAGCAGGAAGUUGCCUAUUGAUAUUCUCUGAAACAGGUGAAAUGGAGAGGUAACGCAGACAGAGGCACGGACACAGAGGAGAUCAGGGUGCUAGUGCCACCGCCAUCACCAUGACCGAGUGCUUCCUGCCCCCCACCAGCAGCCCCAGCGAGCACCGGCGGGUUGAGCACCCUGGGGCAAUGGCCCGCACCCCCAGCUCCGAGGAGAUUAGCCCCAUCAAGUUCCCGGGGUUGUACCGAACCGGCGAGCCCUCCCCACCUCAUGAUGGGCUGCACCAGCCGGCGGACGUGGCCUCCGACGAGGAGAAGGACCACAGCAAGAAGAAGGGGAAGUUCAAGAAGAAGGAGAAGAGGACCGAGGGCUACGCAGCUUUCCAGGAAGACAGCUCGGGGGAUGAAGCGGAAAGCCCCUCCAAGAUGAAGCGUUCCAAGGGAAUCCAUGUGUUCAAGAAGCCCAGCUUCUCCAAGAAGAAGGAGAAGGACUUCAAGGUGAAGGAGAAGCCUAAAGAGGAGAAGCACAAAGAGGAGAAGCACAAGGAAGAGAAGCACAAAGAGGAAAAACACAAGGAGAAGAAAUCUAAGGACCUAACUGCCGCUGACGUGGUCAAGCAGUGGAAAGAGAAGAAGAAGAAGAAGAAGCCCAGUGCUGAACCGGAGGCGGUCCCGCAGGAAGCCCCCUGUCUGCGGCCAGUCUUUGGAGUCCCCCUGGCAGAGGCUGUGGAUCGGACAAUCUUGUAUGAUGGGGUCCGCCUGCCUGCCAUCUUCCGAGAGUGCAUUGACUAUAUCGAGAACUGUGGUACGAAGUGUGAAGGCAUUUAUCGAGUAUCAGGAAUGAAGUCUAAGGUGGACGAGCUGAAAGCUGCCUAUGACCGGGAGGAGUCCCCUUGUCUUGAUGAUUAUGAUCCCCAUGCGGUGGCCAGCCUGCUGAAGCAGUACCUGCGAGAGCUGCCAGAGAACCUGCUGGGCCGGGACUUGACAGUCCACUUUGAGGAGGCCUGCGGUCGCCCCUCUGACGCUGAAAAGGUGCAGGAGUUCCAGCGACUCCUGGCUGACAUGCCUCCCUGCAACCACCUGAUGCUGGCCUGGCUCUUGGUCCACAUGGACCAUAUCAUUGCCAAGGAGGCCGACACCAAGAUGAACAUCCAAAACAUCUCCAUUGUCCUGAGCCCCACUAUCCAGAUCAGCAACCGGGUGCUAUAUGUGUUCUUUACCCACAUCAAGGAGCUCUUUGGGGAUGUGAAGCUGAAGCCGGCAGUGAAACCCCUUCGUUGGUCCAACAUGGCCACCAUGCCUGCCCUGCCAAAGACACAGGAGAGUGUCAAGGAGGAGAUACGCAGGCAGGAGUUUCUUCUGAACUGCCUACAUCGAGACCUGCAGGCAGGAAUUAAAGACCUAUCGAAGGAGGAGAGGCUGUGGGAGGUCCAGCGCAUACUGACAGCACUAAAACGGAAGUUGAGAGAGGCUAAAAGACAGGAGUGUGAAACUAAGAUUGCCCAGGAGAUUGCCAGUCUUUCCAAGGAAGAUGUCUCUAAGGAAGAAAUGAAUGAAAAUGAAGAGGAGGUCCUCAAUAUCCUGUUGUCCCAGGAGAAUGAGAUCCUCACAGAGCAGGAGGAGCUGGUGUCCAUGGAGCAGUUCCUGAGGAGACAGAUCGCUUCUGAGAAAGAAGAAAUUGAGCGUCUCCGAGCUGAAAUUGCUGAAAUUCAAAGCCGUCAGCAGCAGCAUGGGCGCAGCGAGACAGAGGAGUACUCCUCAGACAGCGAGAGUGAGAGUGAGGAUGAGGAGGAGCUGCAGCUCAUUCUGGAGGACCUGCAGAAACAGAACCAGGAGCUGGAGAUUAAAAACACCCACCUCAACCAGGCGAUCCACGAGGAGCGAGAGGCGAUCAUUGAGCUUCGGGUGCAGUUGCGGCUGUUGCAGACCGAGAAAGUGAAGCAGGAGCAGCAGCAAGGCCAGGAGAACGGGGGGGAGGAGCUAGGGAAGCGCACUGCCAGCAUCACCAGUGUCCAGCUACAGAAGGACCCCGUGGGAACUGAGACCAAGGCUGGCAAGGAGCCUCUUAAAAUAUCUCCCAGCAAGGACCGCAGAGAGACUCCCAUCUGAGGAGCCAAGUGGGAGAAACAGCAGGAUGGCUUAGAGCAGAUGUGCUCAGUCAGAGUCCUGUCAGCUCCAUGUAAGACAAUUUGCAGUGGUUCAUGACAGUCUGAUCACAGUACUGUAGGUGAUCUUGCCCUGCGUGCAAAAGUUAAGGGUGCAUUCCUUUAAACAGCCUUUAUGGAUAUGCCAUUUGGAUAUGACUAUUGUGAUGAUAGAAGUUAAGAUGAUGUAUUCUUUUAGAUACGGAUGACAAUGAUCACCUCUACAUGUGAAAAAAGGCAAGAAGCUUUAACUUUUUUUCUGUGUAUCAAAAAAAAACAACAAAAAAAAAAAAAACACCUUUAAGUUUGCAGGGCCAUUUGUUAUAAAUAAUAUAGAUGAUUUACAGUAUCAACAACAUUACCUGGAGUUGAUGUUUUCCUUAAAUGGUCUAAACUGUAUUGCAGGAACUGUCUUUCACAUAAGGUAAAUAUUUAAUACCAUGCAUUUUUACCUGACCUGAAGCUGUUGUUUCCUAUGGUUAUAUAAGGAAUCCUGCAGCCAAUAUAUGGUUUGUGAAUAUGAUAAACUGUGAGUUGCAUGUAAACUUUGAACUGUAUGUAAAUCAAUGUAUUUACUCAAAUGCUUAUUAUCAUACAGCAUUUCCAUAUUCUAGGUUAAUAUUAGAGGUGUGCAAAUCUAAUUUUUUGAUUUAUCAAGUGUGCCGAAUGACAAGUCAUAGGUUCAUAAUUCCUUCUCCUUUACACUGGAUUUUUUUUUUUUCUGAUGUUUGUCACUGGUUUAAUUAAUGUAAAAAUUGGUCGAAGAUUGGAAUGUGGCCAAGCCUUGUAUUAUGAAGAUCUGAUCUGUUAAACUUAAUAUUCUUCCCUUCUGUUCCCAUAAACUUCCAGCUGGAACAGUAUUGAUUAUUA